AUGUCUACACAGCUUACUCCGAUUAUGGAAAUCAAUCAGGCAACUCACAACCGGUGGACAGCCCUUGUACAAAUCUUAGAAUGUCAGCACGUUUUGCAAACUAAAAAAGGGUCUUCUUACAAACGACUGAUGUUAACAGAUUCUGAAGGCUUAAAGUUCACAGCAAUUAUUUUCAGUGAGAAUUUAAACUACUAUGCAAGAACAUUCACACAAUAUAGGAGGUAUCGCAUCUCAAAUGCGUUUCUCAUCCCAUGUGAUCCACGAUAUGCACUUAGCUUAUAUGGAUUUUCAUGGGUGCUCAAUAAGCGAACGCUUGUACAAGAACAUCCUGAUCGCAAUCCGGUGAAUUUACCUUGUACUUUUGAAUUCACACCAUUUACGAGGCUCCAUGAACAUGCUGAAUCAGAACAUCUUCAAAGUUCUGACCUUGUCAGUCGGAGAGAUGUCGUUAUUAUCAACGAAGAAAAACUGCCUUUGGUGAUCACUCUGUGGAACCAAUUCGAUGAACAUGAGGGUAAUAUGUUGCAGUCAAUGCAAGGCCCACCCCCUUUGUUCUUUGGACUGAGGCUGAAAGUCACGACUUUUAACUGUUUGCUCAUCAAUCCACCGGUUAGGGACGACUUGCAAUUACGCACCUGGUACAAUAACAACCGCAAGGAAAUAAAUGACUUGCUAUUAGUCACAAACUACCGAAGAAAUGAUUUCCUUCUACCAUAUCCAGCUGAAACAAACAUAUCUUCUAUUGUUUCUGCAACUUCACAUUUCGACACUAUGAAAACUGCUUGGGUGAAAGGCACCCUGAGUCUUCCUAAACAAGAACGUAACUUAUCAUACACUGCUUGUUCCAAUUGCUUCAAGUCUAUAGAAGCCGACACAACUUGGAUUGUUACCUGUCCUUCUUGUCACAUCGAGUCAGAAAUUCAACAGAUGUCAAGGUUAAUUGUUUUGAUUGCCGAUGAAAGUGGAGUGAUGAAAGCAAAUUUACACACACCUGAACUUGAAAAGUUUAUACAUUUCUCUCCAAAAGAUGUGCAAAUCAGUGAAGAAACGAGUCAAAGUCUAUGCAAUUCCAUUGCCACUGCAAUCAAGUCUGUUUAUAUUGUUGCUUUCGUUCGUGCAUACGAAGUGCAUUUUCAAGGAACAACAGACAUCAAAGUGAAUAUUGUUAAAGCUUACAAAGUAAAUGAUCGUGCUGCUGUAUCAAAUGAGUCUGAUAACAUGGUCCAUAGAUCAAACAUCGGUGAAGGCACAUCAACAACCAAGAAUGUGUCUUCUCUUGCAGCCACAGUUCCUUUGCCAUCGGCUGGUGAAAUUGAAAAACCUCUUCAAGUUAAGAAUUCAAAGCAAGUUCCUGUUAUAUACUUGCUUCCAAAGAAUAAGCCAGAACCAAUUCUAAUGACAAAGCAUCUUGUUCCAGAACUUCCAACUUCCAUCUCCUCUCCAAUUGAACAAAAAGUUUCUGAAUCGGUCCCACCUUUAGCACUUCCUGUGAAAGAAGAUGUUCUUCGGGCAAGCAAUCCAAGACCUUCCAAAAAAACAAAGUAA